AUGAGUUUUGAUCUUCCGGCGGAGAUAUUGUUGUCAAUAUGCGAUUACCUAUCUCCUAUUUCGGCAGCUGCUUUCUCCAUAUCUUCUAAAGCAAUAUAUCAUAAGUUAAAUGGUUAUUUUGCCCGAGAUUUGAAUGAAGAAGAUACGUUAGCGCUACUGGAUUUAUUGGCUACUGAGGAUGAAAUCGGCUGCCCAUACUGUCUUCGUCUCCAUAGUAUGUCAAAUGCAGAAAAAUAUAGCUUAGGAUCGGUGGAGGAGAGACGCCAAUUCCACGAAUUGACACCAUGCGUUUUAUCUUCCUUCAAAUCUCUGAAUCAUAGGCCUGCCAAAGUUUCUGGUGUAAUCUUCAAAAUGGCCAUGAAAUGUCAUCAGUUUAAGCCAGAAUGCGAUGAGCUGUUGAAGAUAUUGUCAAGAAAUUCACCAACUCCAGAGAUCGAUAACAGUGAUGGUGUCUCUUGGCAGAUUCGGACAGAUUGUAAGAUUACACAAGGCUUGAUGAUCUAUCGUAGACAGGAAUCAGUUCUCUUCUCAAAUUUCAUGGUCGACAAGAGGUCUUGGCACGUAGAUAUUGAGGUUUGCGCGCACCUCACUGUAGCUCUGAACGCAGAGCGUGCACGGCUUAUGGACUUGGGCAAUAAGAGACUAUUAAAUUCCUUUUCGGAAGUAUUACCACUGCCACUUUCACAGCUCCCACAUCACAUUCAAGCACCACAAACCCCCCUACCAGCAAGACCAACAUGUGUCAGAUUCAACGCGAUGGCUGGUCAGGUCAAUGGUAAUCCUGAUUUCAAUUGGCCCGUUCACAGCACAAGAGAACCUUUGAAAUGCGAUGAUUGUCCCACUGAAUACUGCCUCGAGCUUGACUUCAACGACAGUCGAGGAGUUUUUGCAACAGUCACUACGUGGGCCAAUCUAGGAAGUGGGCCUCAUGACUGGAAGUAUCUGAUGAGAAAUGUUGAGCCACAUGCUACACAUAAGCGUAGUUUGAGUCGAGGUAAAAUUUGCUAUGGCUCCUCGCACCAGAGCCAUUGGUCUGCUUUCCAGAUUGAGGAGGAUGGAGAGGCUAGCUUGCUUUCAUCGGAGGAGAAUAAGGAGAGAAUGUAUCAAGCACAAGUUGACGGCGCUACGUCUUAA